UCGCGAGAACAUUUUACUCCCCUGUUGGUCCCGGGAGCCUGGGCAAACCAAGGGGAGGAGCCUCUCUUGGCCGGGUCCCGGUUGCUAAGCUACCGGGCGGCGCGCGGACUCCAGCAUUUAGGCCCGGGGCGCAGGUGAGCUGCGGGCGGGCUGUCCCGGCGCGAGGAGUGAUCGCAGCCAUACGGACCCCUGCGGGUGGGCUCCCUGUGGAGGCGACCCCACAGCGGGAAGACCCCUCUAAGGCUGCCACCUCCGUGUUUCCGCAGCCGACGGCGGAGUUAAAAUGAACAAUAUGGCCAGUAAUCACAAGCUUUCAGCAACUCGUCCUGUUUCACGAAGUGGAAUUGGGUUGACAGGAAGGCCUCCAUCUGGAGUACGACCUCCAUCAGGAAAUAUUCGAGUGGCAACCGGAAUGCCACCGGUAACAGCAAGACCAGGCUCUCGUGGUGGUUCCAUAGGGACAGGAGGAGUUCUCUCUUCUCAAAUCAAAGUUGCUGAUCGUCCUGUAACACAACAAGGUUUAAGUGGAAUGAAAACAGGGAUGAAAGGUCCUCAGAGGCAAAUUUUAGAUAAAUCUUAUUAUCUUGGCCUUCUUAGAAGUAAAAUAAGUGAACUUACAACAGAAAUUAAUAAACUUCAAAAAGAAAUAGAUAUGUAUAAUCAAGAAAAUUCAGUCUACUUGUCAUAUGAAAAGAGAGCUGAGACUUUAGCCAUUGAAAUCAAAGAAUCUCAGGGACAACUUGCCGACUACAAUAUGUUGGUAGAUAAACUUAACACCAAUACUGAAAUGGACGAAGUAAUGAAUGAUUACAAUAUGCUUAAAGCUCAAAAUGAUCGAGAAACCCAAAGCAUGGAUGUCAUAUUCACUGAAAGACAAGCGAAAGAAAAACAAAUUAGAAGUGUUGAAGAAGAAAUUGAACAGGAAAAACAAGCAGCUGAUGGCAUUAUCAAAAACAUGUCACAUGAAAAACAGAUCAAGUACAUAGAAAUGAAAACCACAAAUGAGAAAUAUUUGCAGCACUUAGAUAUACUUCAGCAACAACUCGAUACACUGAACAUGAAAAAAGAGGCCCUGGAAGGGGAAAUAGCACAUUCUCAAGUAAAACAGGAGGCUGUGUUGAUGCAUGAGAAACUUUAUGAACUGGAGUCCCAUCGAGAUCAGAUGAUUGCAGAAGACAAAAGCUUGGGAUCACCAAAAGAAGAAAGAGAGAGAUUACUGAAGCAGGUUAAAGAAGAUAAUCAGGAAAUAGCCAGCAUGGAGCGACAGUUAACAGAAAUAAAAGAAAAGAUAAAUAAAUUUUAUGAAGAUAUUAGGCAACUUGACAUGGAUUUAGAAGAACACCAAGGUGAAUUGAAUCAGAAGUACAAGGAGCUUAAAAAAAGGGAGGAAAAUAUGGACAAUACCAUUGAAACUUUUGAGGAAACUAAGAACCAGGAACUAGAACGAAAGGCACAGAUAGAAGCCAGCAUUCUUACACUUUUGGAGCAUUGUAGUCGAAAUAUAAAUCGUAUGAAACAGAUAUCCUCUAUCACCAAUCAAGAACUGAAGAUGAUGCAGGAGGACCUCAACUUUAAAUCUACUGAAAUGCAGAAAUCACAAAAUACAGCUAGGAAUUUGACCUCAGAAAGUCAACGUCUACAGUUGGAUCUACAGAAAAUGGAGCUUCUGGAAAGUAAGAUGACUGAGGAAGGACAUUCUCUAAAGUGCAAAAUUAAGCAGUUGACAACUGAUCUGGAGAUAUAUAAUGACUUGCCAGCUUUAAAAUCAUCAGGUGAAGAAAAGAAAAAGAAAUUACAUCAGGAGAGAACAGUUUUAUCAACUCACAGAAAUGCCUUCAAGAAAAUAAUGGAGAAGCUAAACUUAGAAUAUGAAACACUAAAAACACAAUUGCAAGAAAACGAGACACAUUCUCAGCUUACAAAUUUGGAGAGGAAGUGGCAACACCAUGAGCAAAAUAAUUUUGUGAUGAAAGAAUUCAUAGCAACCAAAAGUCAAGAGAGUGAUUACCAACCAAUCAUGAAGACCGUAGCCAAGCAGAUCGCAGACUACAAUAAAACUAUAGUGGAUGCUCUGCAUAACACAAGCAGAAAUUAAGCCCAAGCUGAUUGCAAGUUUACAGAAUUAUCUUCCUGCUGAAUUUUAUAUAAGCUAACCAAAAAGAAUGGCUUGUCCUUGAAGAGUUUUAUGUAAAAGAUAUGAACUCUAAUUUUGUGGCCUCUUUAAAAAGUGCCAUUUCAAUUAUUCUAAUAGCUCAAUAAAAUUUUCAUAUGUAAAAAGGAA